GGCCAUCACACACAAAAUUCCGUAGCACCGUAAGCCGUAAACGUAAGAAAAUCGACCAAUCCUGAUGUUGCCACUAUCCCCACCACUUUUGUCAGUAAAACUUAACCGUAACGUCGAAAAAUAUCAGAGUUUACCGGAUUUGCGCUAAAAUUCGAUGCCAAGUUAAGAAGGUUAUGUGUCUCCUGCAUCAACCGCGUCUGUCACAGUGAAAUAAUGAGUGAUCAUAAUCAGUAUUGUAAUACAAUGUUUAAUGAAUUAGAAAAUGAUGAAAUAACGACAAUUGACAACGACAACUUUAAAGAAAGUGAUGAACUACUCGUUGAUGCAGUGAGAGCAUAUCCACAUUUAUAUAAUCAUCAAGAUCGUAAUUUUAAAGACAAUUUGAUGAAAGAAAAUUCAUGGAGGGAGAUAUCCUUGACAGUGAACUUAUCAGUUUCUGAUUGUCAAAAUCGAUGGCUGAGGCUGCGUGAACGAUUUCGAAGAGAGAAACGCCAACGAGAAUUAGAUUCAAGAAGUGGCAGUGGAGUUUGUCGACGAGCUGUUUUCGCAUAUUAUGAAAAUAUGUUAUUUCUAAAUGAUCAUAUUAAGAAAAGAAAAUCCUAUACAAAUUUGUGGAUCAUCUUUUAUUUCUUGAAGUAGAUGACAAAAAUCUCCCAGAUGAGGACGCAUACAAUUAAUUGGUUGGACCCACCACUGUCGAUUCUGCCACCUUCGUGAUCUUUUCCUUCGUAAUAAAAGUACACCCAUGGCCACAACCAAUAUUGCCGCAAAUAUUAGAUCCUCUUUUCCCAUUAUUUUGCAGUUUUUAA